GACUGACAGACAACAACAGCUCUAGCCAAACUGGACUCAGUGUUAAAACAUUUUCAUCUGCUGGAUAAGACAAGUAUUAAUAUUGGUCUGAAAAGUUGGAUUAUCCUUACUUGAAGAUCCGCAUUUGGUUCAGGGGGCCACCAUGAUAAGCCUGCUGAGCAAGCUGCUGCUGUUAUGUUGCUUUUACUGUCUGAGCACUCCAGGAGGUGCUGCUGAGGCAGAGCAGACUGUAAUGAAGAAAAUCUUCACUGGCUACAACCUGAAGGUUCGCCCUGCUCUGACCCCUGCUGAUAGGGUGGUGGUUCGUGUGGGGAUGAUCCUGUCCUCCUUCGUUGGAUUGAAUAUGAAAAAUGAAGAAAUGAGCACAAUCGUUGUUAUGAAUCUGGAAUGGACAGAUUAUCGUCUGAAAUGGAAACCCAAGGAGCACGAUGGGAUUGAGGUGGUACGUGUUCCCUCUUCGAGGGUGUGGCUUCCUGACAUCGUUCUAAUCAAUAACAAUGAUGGAGUGUUUGAUGUGGCCCUUCAAGUUCAUGUUCAGAUUUACAGUGAUGGCAGGGUAACCUGGACGCCCCCUGCUCUCUACUGCAGCUCCUGUGGAGUCAAGGUGACAUAUUUCCCAUUUGACUGGCAGAAUUGCUCCAUGAAGUUUCGCUCUUACACAUACGAUUCAACUGAGAUCGACCUGCAAUAUGCAAGAGACUCAAGAGGCAAUGAAAUCAGGGAGAUCCAGUUAGAUGAAGGCUUCAGUGAGGGUGGUGAGUGGUACAUCAGACACAAGCCAAGCAGGAAAAACAUGAACGAUGGCAUCUACGAAGAAAUGACUUUCUACCUGAUCAUAGAGAGAAAGCCUCUGUAUUACAUCAUCAACAUCAUCAUCCCCUGUAUCCUCAUCACAAUCAUCGCUAUAUUCAACUUUUACCUGCCUCCUGAUGCAGGAGAGAAGAUGGGUCUGUCCAUCAAUGUGUUGCUUACCCUUACCGUGUUCUUGCUGCUGCUGGCUGAUAAGAUCCCUGAGACUUCACUGGGUGUCCCAAUCAUUGUCAACUACAUCAUGUUCACCAUGAUCCUGGUUACCUUCUCCGUCAUCCUGAGCGUGGUCGUCCUCAACCUGCACCAUCGUUCCCCCAACACCCACAUGAUGCCAAUGUGGGUACGCAAGAUCUUUAUACACAUCCUGCCUACCUAUCUAUGCAUGAUGCGUCCAAAAGUAGAAACCCCACUUUCCCUCGAGAUCAUUCCCCGCCGGGAGAAACAGACGGUGAUGAGUAUCAGCAAAGUGGCUGAUGAGUACUUCAUCCGAAAACCUGACACGUCCAUCCUGUUCCCUAAGCCCAACAGGUUUCACUCAGAUGGCCUUUGCACGGAUCUGAAAAAGUUCAUUGACGGCCCGAGCACCUACCUUACCCUUCCCGAUGAGCUCAAGUCAGCUAUUGAAGCAAUCACGUACAUUGCUGAGGCUCUGCAGGCUGAGAAAGACUAUGAAGCUCUAAAAGAGGACUGGCAGUUCGUAGCAAUGGUGGUGGACCGCAUGUUUUUCUGGAUCUUCGUCGUCCUCACCAUCGUGGGCACUUUGGCCAUUUUCUCUGAUGCCAGUCUCAAUCACACCCCAACAGACCCCUUCAAAUGGACCUGAGGAGCUGAACUCCCAGGUUCAGGAAAUGGUGCAGAGGAUUGCUCCAUAAGUCAGACUAGAUUCCUACACUGCAACAGAUCCUUCCAGGAAAGAAAGACAAACUUUGGAUAAAAACUGUUGGUCUUACGAAGUUUUUAGUCCCUUUGACUUGUUCUAAAUGUGAAUAUGUCAACUAUUUCUUGAACUGUAAUAACCCAUCUAGAUCUAAUAUAAUCCAUUUUACAUGCUAUGCUAUUACGUGACAUUGGCUUUUUUAAAGCAUUUUAUGUACAGCUGAAAUCAGAUAUUCCAACUGUUAACACUUAAACACCAUGAAAAACCAGCUGCUAUAAUAAGCUGGCUGUGUGCCUUUCAUGCCGCCUGUGCAGAGAGUGUGGCACGUGCCUGGGGGUAAUCCUAUUUGUGCUUUAGUCACUGGUGUAUAGGUGCACAUUUGUUUGGAGGCUAAUCUUGUAUUGGAGUGCAGAACAUCACCGUCCUCUGUGUCUCACUUUGUCUGAGGACACAAGGACACCAAGUAUCUUUUAUGGUACAUACAUAGUUGCAACAGUGCUUUUGUUUUUCUCAUUUUAAUAAAGAUCCAAGGGGAGGAUAUAUAUCUAAGGCUGCAUCUGUUGUCACAAUGCUUUAACACUCUGUGUAUCACCUGCCAAUUCAUCUAAUAUUAGCCCAAUUAGUGGGUCUAAUAAUAGGCAGUGGUUAGUGCAGACUGGGUCCCUCAUAUCUAUUAGUACAGUUUUUGAAGAGACUGCCAAACAUUUAGACAGCAGAAUUAAUGUGAAACAAAUUAUGUCCGCACUGGCAAAAGUAAAUCCUAUUUGCUCUUUUGGGACGGUUUCACCUACAAUAAAGAUAUUU